CAAAAUAUAAAAUCCUCUCCCAGUCUCCACUCGAAGAUCUCCCCUGAUUUUUUUUCCCUGCCAUUUGCUGCCUGCGCGAAUUCUACGAAGUCCUUCCAUCUUCAUCCGCCAUGUCGCUGGUAGCGAACGAGGAAUUUCAGCACAUUCUGCGUGUGCUGAACACGAACGUGGAUGGGAAGCAGAAGAUUAUGUUUGCUCUUACUUCAAUCAAAGGUAUUGGAAGGCGUUUCGCUAAUAUCGUUUGCAAGAAGGCCGAUGUCGACAUGAACAAGAGGGCUGGUGAAUUGACUGCUGCUGAGUUGGACAAUCUCAUGGUGGUUGUUGCCAAUCCACGUCAAUUUAAAAUUCCUGACUGGUUUUUGAAUCGGCAAAAGGACUACAAGGACGGGAAAUAUUCUCAAGUGGUUUCAAAUGCAUUGGACAUGAAGUUGAGAGAUGAUUUGGAACGGUUGAAGAAGAUCAGGAAUCACCGAGGUCUGAGGCAUUACUGGGGUCUCCGAGUCCGUGGUCAGCACACCAAGACCACUGGUCGCCGAGGGAAAACCGUUGGUGUCUCCAAGAAGCGUUAAGCUUUUCCAGGUUUUUAUAAUCGAGUUGAGCAUGUGGUUGGGCAAAUCGGGUUCUUUGGCCUUUUAGUUGAACGUUUUGAGUUGGAACUUUGUUUUUGGAAUUUUUGCUUGGGAUGAUAUUUUUGGUUAACUUAUUACCCCCCUUCUUUUAUACUGUCUUUUUGGGCCAGAAAAUAUUGAUAGUGGCAGAUGGCAAAAGCUUAUGGAUCUUGUUUAUUGGUCAUUUUAGUGUGAAGAUUUUUAUUUAUAGAAUUAUUCUCAUUUGGUGCAA